UGACACUCGUAGACAUCUGAAACUUCUUCCAAUACUCUCCAUUUUUGUGGUUUCGUGUGGAAGAAAAUUUGCGUAUUUGUUUAUUCCUUACGAAAUAACGCAUUAUACUUGAAAAAUGAUGCCCGACAAGCAGCAAUCCGUCACCGUUCAUUAUGGAAAUCAGAGAAUUCGCAUACCAGUCGACUUGAAUGAAACCCUGGAACGUUUCAUUGAAGAUUUGAUAGAAAAAGCAGACAUUAAAGAAAAGAAAAUUAAGCUCUUUUACGCAGGGAAACGAUUGAAGGGAAGAAGUACGUCACUGGCCAAGUUUGGUCUGAAGAAUAAUAGUAAGGUCUUGUGUAUAAAACCGCAUAAAAAGCAACUUCCUGAAGAUGAAAAAGAAGAAAAGGGUGUUCAAGUUGAAGAACAGAAUCCAGCAUUUUCACGCAUCUCGGACGAAAUUCAGGCCAUUGACCAGUAUGUCAGCAAAGACCUUACACCUAUUUUUCACACUUAUGUUCAUGAGAGUUCCGAUGAUAAACAGAAGAAGUAUAAGCAAAAGCUGAUGGCUAAUGAGCUAUUGCUACAGCAACUGUUGAAGGUAGAUGGUGUUGACGUUAUGGGAAGUGAAAAACUUCGCGAGAAGCGUAAAACUCUUGUAGCGAAGAUCCAAAAAAUGCUAGAUGAUAUAGAUGAGACAAGCAAGAAAUUGUCCAUUUAAAUCAUAAACACAUGUUGUGUAUUGUUACAAGGGUUGAUUCACCUUUUCGUUUCGUUUCGUUUCUAGAAAGAACUCCUCCAUAUUCCCUUUAUGUUAUUCUUUCCUUUUCUCUCUUCUACCCCUUUCUCUUAUGUUUUUUGAAAUGAUGACAUGAAUUUAUGACAAUUCGGUAGAUUUACAAAAAAAAUACGCCCGUUUUCAAUUUUUGACCAUGCAAUUUACGCUUCUUAAACAGUUAGAGAUAUAAAACGUUCGAAGCAGGCUUUACGAAAUGCUUCGCUUUUAUUUUUAGUCAAAGAAUUAAAUUCACUAUUUGAUCCCA